UUAGUACUAUUCAAGAUGGCGGACGAAGCUCAUCUCAAUGUUCACCGAAAACCAUGCCGUUCGUGUGGAAGGCAGUUUGUCCCCGAAUCCUUGGCCAAACACGAACCUUUCUGUAUAAAACAAGCAGCAAAAAAGAGGAAGGUGUUUGAUUCAACGAAGCAGAGAAGUGAGGGAACGGAAAUUAGCUAUAGACAGAUGAAGCAAGCACAGAAAAAGGAGGUAAAACCCCCCAAGAGUCACUGGAGGGCACAGCAUCAGGACUUCAUCAACACCAUCAGAUCUGCCAAACAAGUGACAAUAGCCAUGGAGCGAGGAGAACCCCUUCCUCCUCCACCGCCUCCUUCUAUCAAUCCAGACUAUAUUCAAUGUCCUCAUUGUGGGCGUCGAUUCAAUGCAAAGGCUGCGGAACGCCAUAUUGGAUUCUGUAAAGAACAACAAAUGAGGAGCGGAACAAAACCUCAAGCCAGUACCAAGGCUAAAGCUAAGAUGGACGCCAGAAAUUCGUACCAGGUACCCAAACCAAAGGGACGAGGAACUGCACCGCCAGCAGGGUACGGCAGUCCUGGAGUCGGGGGUUCCCCAGGAGGGUACAGCAGUCCUGGAGUCAGGGGUUCCCCAGCAGCCCCUAGAGGGGCACCAGGAGUAAGGACAUCACCUGCAACAGGAACUGGAAGGACACCAACAAAUACUACUGGGAGUGGUUACGGCCGACAACCAGCGCCUGCCUCCAGGGGGCGUCCUUCACCAUCAACAAAUCAGUAUCAGGCUAGCGACUACUGCGACUCUCCUCCGUCUGGGUUAGAGGGUAGUGCCAUGGGUGUGCCCACUGGCCGGGCGUUACGGACCGGGCGUAAUUCUUCCAUCUACAACGAUGCCAAGCGAGGGACUAGACCUGGCAGCACAGGAAUGCCAAAGUCUAAGUCUUCCUCAAGUAUCAGAGCCGCGGGGGCAGGUUCUAGAUCCCCAGGCAGCUUCGGAGCACAGAGUCCAUCCAUGCCUUCAGGGUUCACAGGUGGAAUUUCACGGGAGAAUGAGUCGGGUUACUAUAGCAGCAGUUCAGAAAACGAGGUUCAUAAUAACCAAUAUCAUGGAAGUAAACAAAAUGUGUCACGCUUUUGCCACGAUUGUGGAAAUAAAUAUCCUGUCAGUACUGCUAAAUUCUGUUGUGAGUGUGGUAUCAAGCGAAUAGUUAUAUCUUAAUUAAUAAUCGUACGAUUUUACAGUUAUUACACAUUCAAAUAUGGCGUUUGUACAUCAGAUAUUGACGUUUCUUUUCAUGUUGAAAUUUAUUUCAAUAGGUAUCUAAAAAAUUGUACUUUAAGUACUAAAAUUGUUAAAAGUGAAUCAAUAAUUUUACUUAACUUUGAGAUCUUAGUUUGUUUAGUUUGUACAUAUUUGAAUUAAAUUUUUCAGUAUUAAAUUAUAAGUUAAGAACUGAAUCAAUUUCACCUAUAGAUUUUAAUCUGUGGAGAUUCUUUCAUUUUUCUUUUGGCUACAAUGAUGAGCCUUAUAAAAAAAAUAGUGUAUAACUAAGAAUUUAAGCUAGUUAUGUAAAUACCCGGUACAGCAAUUUAAAAUCCUAGACAUUACUUCAUUUUGCAAUUUUCUGUUUACUAAAUUACCACCUUUUCUUUGUGUUCAUUGCAACUGAAAGCUCACUGUCAAAGUAUCGUAUGAAUUUUGUUUUUAUGUUCUUGAAGUUUAAUUGCCUUAUUUAUCCAGCAAUAAGCCAAGCCCAUGCCUGGUAAUAAGCCUUUCCAAAUCCAUUGCAGUUUAGCUGAAAUGCAAACAAAUGCUAUUUCAUUCUCCUGCUAUAAGUUUGAGUGAGACAUAAUAUGUGCUUUAUGUAGGAUACAUUCGGUAAGCUGAUGAUAUACUUGCCAGUAGAUAUAAGUACUAGAAAUACGAUGUCAUCAGUCUCUACGAACUAGAGUUUACGCCACUUGUCCUGUGAAGAUACUGUUUGACAGCUACUACAUGAACUUGCGACAGAAUUUUUCAAGUCAUACCUUGUUCUAAAUAUAAACUUUACUUAUUUCACAACAAUUUUGAAACAAGCUCUUCCAACUUAUAUAAGUCACUCUUGUUGGCCCGGAUGGAAGUGUUUAGUACUGGUUCUUAAUGUGGGAGGAAACUGGAAUACCUGGGGAAAAAAACAAUACAUUUUCAUGUCCAAUUGAAGGGUCCAGCCCUAGCUGUCUUGGCGAAAGGUGAAUGUGCUAUACUCUAACACUACCGCUAAUAACAAAAUAAGGUUAAUGGCUUAAAAGAAAUUCUGUUGUAUUCAUUAGAUACUGCCAUGAAACAAGACAAGUGGAAUAAUAUUAGACAGUAGGUGUUUUUUUCUUCAAAGUAGGUACUUAAGUUAAUUAAUCGCAACAUACAAUGUAUCACCCUUUGUUAGAGUUUUGAUCUUAGAAAAUAAGACUGUAUGCUUCCUUCCUUCGUCAAAAUGUCCCUCCAUUCCAAAAAUGUUCCAUGAUCAAGAAAAUUACAACUAUCAUUUACUGUGGUCAUGUAAGCUUUGUAAAGUAAAUAAUGGCGUGUGCUUUGCUUUGACACUUGUCAUUCUGAAUUCCAUCUUUGCGUAUUGCAGAAUUAUCUCCUCUUGUGAGCAGGUAUUGAUUGUUACGUCAUUGGUUUUUGUG